CGUCAAAGUGGUUUAUGGAAUUAUUAAAGUUGAAUUCGAAGAUAAAUUUAGUAAAAAGAACUCAUCACCAGUUUAUUAUAACCUACAAACUUCAAACAUGUCUGUGGAAACAAAUUUAAACAAAACAAUUAAAAUUGAACCGAUCGAUGAUUAUCCUCAAGUGAAACAGGAAUUUGAUGAUUAUGAAAAUACAUCAGAUUUGUAUAUGGAUGAUGAUAUAUGUCGGCAGCAAUUUCUAAAAUCUGAGGUUACAAUUGACGAGGAAAUAAAACAAGAGACGAAUGAUGACCAAGAUGCUUUGGGUAAUACAAACGAAAGAGUUUUAAAUGAAAAACCUUACAUAUGUAACAAAGAGAUCACUAAUUCAAGUAAUUUAGUGGAUAGCACGGACAAAUCAUUUGAAAAAGUUCCAGCAAAACAUGAAGCAACUAGCAAGUUGAAACCCUAUGAAUGUGAAAAAUGCAAUAAAACAUUCACAACAAAACCAAACUUAAACCAACAUAAAAUUAUACACUCUGGGGAACUGCCUCAUGAGUGCAAAAUAUGCAAUAAAAGAUUUUUACGGUCAACUAAUUUAAGAGAUCAUUUAUCAGUGCAUACUGAAGAACGACCUUAUGCAUGUGAAAUAUGUAAUAAAACAUUCAAAUUGAAAAAAAUUUUAAAAGUACAUAAAAUGAUUCACACUGAAAAAAGUCCUCAUGAGUGCAACAUAUGCAAUAAAAGAUUUUCACGGUCAACUAAUUUAAGAGAGCAUUUAUCAUUGCAUACUGGAGAACAACCUUACGCAUGUGAAAUAUGUAAUAAAACAUUCAGAACAAAACUUAUAUUAAGGCAACAUAAAACAUUACAUACUGGAGAACGUAAUGAGUGCAAAAUAUGCAAUAAAACAUUUUCACAAAAGGGUAAUUUAAUAAGGCAUUUAUCAGUGCAUAGUGAAGAACGACCUUACGCAUGUGAAAUAUGUAAUAAUACAUUCAGAACAAAACGUAUAUUAAUGCGACAUAAAACAGUACAUACUGGAGAACGCCGUAAUGAGUGCAAAAUAUGCAAUAAAACAUUUUCACUUUCAGGUAAUUUAAUAAGGCAUUUAUCAAUGCAUAGUGAAGAACGACCUUAUGCAUGUGACAUAUGCAAUAAAAGAUACAAAACAAAACCUAAUUUAUAUCAACAUAAAUAUGUACAUACUGGAAAACGGCCGUAUGAGUGCAAAAUAUGCAAUAAAAGAUUUUUACAGUUAUGUAAUUUAUCAGUGCAUUUAUCAGUGCAUUCUGAAGAACGACCUUAUCCAUGUGACAUAUGCAAUAAAACAUUCAAAACAAAAGAUAAAUUAAUGCGACAUGAAAGAGGACAUACUUGAGAAUAAACUGUAAAAAAACUGUCAACAAAACUGAUAAAUUAGCCUAGAAACUGUCCGGCCUUAUAAUCCUUAUCAAUCACUCAACUUAUAUUGAUAC